CCACGCGCUUCUUUUUCAGCUGAUUCUACAUUUGACUCAGACUUCCCGUCUGACUUGACGCUUUCAUUGUUUAGAGCACUUGUAUUCUUACCAUGAGUGAAGAGUCUACCCAAGAGCAGCCGAACUGCUCAGCGAAAGCGAAUAACGUCAACGAUAAUUGCAACGAGAAUGUUUGCGAUGAUCUCAGAUUAUCUGCUAAAAGAAAAAAAUCGGAUGACUGUGAAUUUAACAAGUUUCAGAAGAUUCCUUAUCCCUCUACAGUCAUGAAAUCAUGGGAGUCUUUUUACCGCAACCAAGAAAUGGUUGAUAUCACCUUAUUAAUUGGCAGUAACAAGACCGAAUUCAAAGCUCACAAGGUGGUGCUGUGUGCACACAGUGACGUCUUGAAGACUAUGUUGUCUAGUCCAAUGAAGGAAGCCCGAGAGAAUACAAUCGAGUUUCCUGAAGCUGACGAAACAGCAUUCGGAGCUCUUCUUGAGUUUUUCUACACAGGAAACGUUCCAGUCGACAAAUCCUUUAUAUGUCAACUCAUAAAACUUUGUGAUUAUCUCCAUGUGCCAAAUCUCAAACAACACUGUUGCACAUGGUUGCCUGACAAUAUGGUGCCUGAAGAUGCGUGUGAAUAUCUUCUGUUUUCUUCCCAGCCGUCAGCUGACGAGCAGCUCUAUAAAAAUUGUUUCCAGUGGAUCAAAGAUCAUGCCACUUUAGUUGUUUGCACAGAUGGCUUUGCAAAGCACAUGACGGCAAAAGAAGUAGAAGAACUUGCUGCUAGUGACGACCUGAAUCUCGAUGAAAUCCAGCUGUUUGAGGGAAUCAAGCGAUGGAUUGAGUAUGAUGUCUCAAGACACGAAGAUGGUAUAGACAUAGCAAAAUAUCUGCGCUUGCCAAUGAUGAACACAAGAGAUUUGCUGGGUUGUGUGCAAAGUAGCGGUUUUGUCCAAUCCGAUGCUAUCCUUAGAGCUCUCAAGUACUUGCAGCAACCCUUGGGUCACUUUCCUUAUGACAUCGACCACUUGUAUGUUAACUUACGAGUGCCGUCUGCACGAGUUCCAAGAAUUACGCUCUCUUUUACCCGGAAAUCACAACAAUUAACAUCCUCACAACGUCCGUCCAUCAUUCCUACACAUUCCAACCAUGCUUUUGUAAGAAGUUCAGAAACACUGCGUACUUCCAAGCCGCUGCGGAUUCCAAGUUGUGUUCGAGUUCAGCUCACCACCAAAUCAACAGUCAAUCGCAAAGUUAUAGUUGGACUUCUCAUUUUAUUAUCUGAUCAGCAGUAUAGGUGUGGAGUGCGGCUGCACGGAGCUACUCUUAGUACGUUUCCUUUGUACAACACCGUGUUGAUUCCAACAGGCUGCAUUGUGGCAUUGAAAUUUCACAUCACGUCGGAUCAAGUCUGCAUACAUCUCAAUGGCGCUGUGAUAGCGCAAAUAGCCUUGACCACACGAUGUUGCUGCUCUUACUUGCCACUGUUUGCGAGAUCUCGUAAGCCGUCACAGCCCUCGGGUUCUCACUAUAUCUUAGACAAAACGGAUGGCAAAAAGGAUGUCUUUGUGGAGGUUGCAAUGGAAGAAAUUGAGGAUACCGCAAGUGUGUCAGUGAAAGGAGACGUUGCUACCUGCUGCCCAAAAUAACACAACCAGACUUAACAAUACACUUUGAGUGCGCGUUUUGCAGCAUGGUGUAGUCAUUGACGUAAACUUACCGUAUGUAUGUUGAACGUUUAUAUUACGUGUGUCUAGGGUGAGAUGUACCAAUACAAUGAAUGGUACUUAAUUUGAGUUACUACAAUACUUAUGUGAGAAAUAGAUAGAAAAAUGGCUGUAAACACACGAGAUACUGUUUUAUAAGAACAUGUAUCAAAAUCAUGUC